AUUUCUGACAUUUUUAGUUGAACUUUAUCGCUCAGACGGUGACUGUCAGGAUGAAUGACAGUAUAAAGAAGAGGUUUAUACCAAAAUCUUUGAAAAAGAAGGACGACAAUAGCUAUUCAGAUAUUUACUAUCAGGAUGGCGUACAGCAGGGCGACGCAGGUAUCACUCUCCCUAAUAAGAUCGAACAUUUAAUACACGUAGACGGUACCAUGUCUGGUCUACCUCCCAGCUGGGCCAAUCAGCUCUCUGAACUUGGCUAUCAAGCUGGUCUAGAUACGCCCACAAUCAACCAGCACAAGUCACGCUCAAAUGAUAGCACCCGCUCUACUUUAUCCACGCUCUCCAUCCCUGAACUCAGAAUCGGGGAUGAAGAUGAGGACUGGAGUGGUGGUGUAAUGAAAGCUCUAGAGCGGUCCUCAACCUCUGAAAAACGUACAAAAAGAUCGUCUGAUUUGAUACAAAACGCUGCGACUAGACGCUCUUCCGUUAUUAACUUUGGUCCGACAUCAUCCUCAAAAAGACCGGAGAUAGGACGUAGACCAGCGACAGCAGAUACGGCCACUAGACCCACUUUCCAUCACACUACAACCAACACCACUAACCGGCCGAAGUUCGUACGUAACGACUCUGAUGUAUCCACCCGUAGUGAUAGUUUACUUCCUCAAAAAUCUCCAACAAAAAUCUCUCAACAGCGUUGGUCACCGCCGAAAGUAUCUAAAACGCCCAGCACAGCAUCAAAACAGAGAUGGGAACCUCCUACACUAGAGGAAGGUGUUGAUUUAGAUACUUCUUUGAGAUCCUCAACCAAGUCUAGCCAUCAGCCGCGUAGUAUUGACGAAUACAUUAAUAGCAGUGCCAGCGCGAGCACUAAGGAAGUUCCUCGCUACACAGUUCCCAGAUCUUUUGCUGCAGCUCAAGACCAAUACCUGUCAAAUGAUAAAAUACGGAAGGAGAUUGAUGCUCGUCAUGGUGUGAAAGGCGAGAAAGACGAUGUCUAUGGCGGUUUAGAGGAGGAGGAUAAUUAUGACGAAGAUGUUGAUAAUAAUUUCGACCCCCAGUUAGAUUCGCCUCACGAUGUCGACGAAAAUGAUGAAGGUAUUCAUUGGGAUAUGAUCAAAAGCCCAUCUGGUUUAUCUAUUCAAUUAUCACCCUUACAAAUUGAUCAGCACACUUUCGAGUUAUCAGAAAGUACGACAUCCCCGGACACGCAAAUUCAUCCAUCACUCCAUCGCGGUUCAAUAGAUAGCACAAACUCACCAAAAUCGGAAUUGCAAAAGAAGGUCGAGACUCGCAAACGAUCAAGAUCUUCUCUUAUCGUUAUGGACAGAACACGGCGGCAGACCUCAAUUUCAUCGACGCCGGGAUCAGUAGCUGAUGAAGAUGACUUAACAGGCGAAUACCUUAAAGACAUACAACCGCAAAACAAUCUCGAUGAUCUCGUUGAAGAUGAUGACGGUACUGAAUUCUCAUUAAUUGAUACACCUGGCUUGGGUAUAAAUGUGCUGGGAAAUGCCGAAAACAGCAACAACGACGAUGACGAUAAUGUGAGCGAAAGUAGUGCCUCAACCGCUAAAGUUGCAGAUAACUCUAUGGUGUUUGACAUACCAACAAAUGAAACAACACCAGAAAUACCACCUCCUCCAUCACCAACCCAGGAGACAACAAGUGAGGUCGAAAACGCUCUUAGCAAGUUUGCUACAGAGGGUGACGUAGAAUCCCUUUAUCCAGUCCAAGAUCGCGUUAUCAUAGCUAUGGGUAUGAGUGGUCAUAUCUACCAAUUCCACAACAAAGCUUUAAAGAUAGUCCAGAAGAGUAAUGAAAGUCAAAGGUUAUCAAAUUUACAUAAUGAAUUAUCGAUAAUAAAAUCACUUAAUUCUUCAAAUAUUCUACCGAUCGAGGAAAUGUUCUUAACUAUGAGGGAUGGAUCACCAGUAGCAACGCUAGUAAUGCCAUUAAUGACAAGAUCACUGACAGAUAUAAUUUCGCUAAUUGACAGUGGUUUACAACUAAAUGAAAGACAAAUUGGACGUAUUGUCUAUGAUAUCUUACAAGCACUAGAAUGCUUGAGAUUUAAACAGAUUAUACACAGGGAUGUCAGAUCUGAUACGAUCAUGAUUUCACAAAAUGGUACAUCAAUAUUGACUGAUUUCGCCAACGCUGUACAAGCUCAAAGUUAUCCAGUGAGCGAUACUAUAAGUGCACCAUUUUGGAUGGCUCCAGAAUUAGUACAAGACGGCGGUCAAUAUACGCAUAAAUCUGACGUAUGGAGUUUAAUUGCGACGACGUAUGAGAUGGUAACUGGUAUGCCGCCAUAUGCCGAAUACGAUGAGGGCGCUCUCUUCAAUAAACUAGCAUUAGGUUUGCCGGACUUACCUCAUGAGACAUCAAACACUAUUAGGGAGUUCGUCGUCAGAACAGCUGUGCCAAAUUCUAAAUCGAGGAUGUCAUCUAGACAAAUACUCGAUGGAGAGUCAUUCGUUGAUGAGCAUAAUAUUAGCAAACACGAGGAAAUCAGUCUCAUUCUCGAGAUCGCACAACAGUUAGAGGGUGAAGGAACACCUGAGUAAUACCUUUAAUAAUACACACACGGACAAAUAAGCUGAUUCCCUAGAUGGGAUAUAUCAGCUUUCUUUUUUCACUCUGGGAAAAACAGGAAUACCCUUCUCUUCAAUUCUUUGCUUUUCAUUUUUUCGCUUUAUAAUUGUUUAAUUUCUUUGUAUUUUGU